AUGGCGUCUCCGGCUUUGUGUGAUUUGCAUCGGAGCCCAGACGACCUCCCUGGAGACCCCUCUGCAGAAGAAGAAGAUAAGGACUGUGAUUCGGAAGAUCGGGUCAGCGACUCGGGUUCAUACUCCUCAGCGAGUAGCGAUUAUGAUGACCUUGAGCCUGAAUGGCUGGACAGUGUGCAGAAAAAUGGAGAACUGUUUUAUUUGGAAUUGAGUGAGGAUGAAGAAGAAAGCCUCCUUCCUGAAACACCGACUGUGAACCACGUCAGGUUCAGUGAAAAUGAGAUUAUCAUUGAAGAGGAUGAUUACAAAGAAAGAAAAAAGUAUGAACCCAAACUCAGGCGGUUUACCAAGAUUUUAAAAAGUAAAAGACUUUUACCCAAGCGCUACAGUAAAAAAAAUAACAAUGACAAUGGGCCAGUAUCCAUUCUAAAGCAUCAGUCCAAUCAGAAGACAGGAGUCACAGUCCAACAGCAGUACAAAGAUGUAAAUGUUUAUGUAAACCCUAAAAAGCUAACUGUCACCAAAGCUAAAGAGCAGCUGAAGCUUCUGGAAGUACUGGUUGGAAUUAUUCAUCAAACCAAGUGGAGCUGGAGAAGAACUGGAAAGCAGAGUGAUGGAGAGAAGCUUGUGGUCCAUGGCCUGCUGCCUGGAGGAUCUGCCAUGAAGAGUGGUCAGAUAUUAAUUGGUGAUGUCCUUGUUGCUGUGAAUGAUGUUGAUGUGACUUCUGAAAACAUAGAGAGAGUUCUGUCUUGCAUUCCUGGGCCUAUGCAGGUGAAACUGACAUUUGAAAAUGUAUAUUCUGUGAAAAAGGAUACAACCCAACCAAGACAGAAAAAGGCACAGUCGAACACAAACGAUUUAGUCAAACUUCUGUGGGGAGAAGAAGUUGAAGGUGUCCACCACAGUAUCCUACACACUCCUCAUAUCAUUAUGUAUCUCACGCUACAGCUAGACUCAGAAACAUCAAAGGAAGAGCAAGAAAUUCUUUAUCACUAUCCAAUGUGUGAAGCAUCUCAGAAACUUAAAAGUGUGAGAGGGAUUUUUCUCACACUCUGUGACAUGCUGGAAAAUGUAACUGGGACGCAAGUUACUAGCACGUCUCUCCUUUUAAAUGGGAAACAAAUUCAUGUGGCUUAUUGGAAAGAAUCUGACAAGUUGUUGUUAAUUGGCCUGCCUGCUGAAGAGGUUCCUCUUCCUCAACUAAGGAAUAUGACAGAAGAUGUUGCCCAAACCUUAAAAUUUAUGUAUGGUUCUUUAGAUAGUGCCUUUUGCCAGGUUGAGAAUGUUCCUCGUUUGGAUCAUUUUUUUAACUUGUUCUUUCAAAGAGCACUUCAGCCUGCUAAACUACAUUCCAGUGCCAGUCCCAGUGCUCAACAGUACGAUGCUUCCAGUGCAGCACUUUUAGACAAUCUCCCUGGAGUUCGGUGGCUCACACUUCCACAGGAAAUCAAGAUGGAAUUAGACACCACAUUAAGUGACUUGGAGGCCGCAGAUUUUGCAGAACUGUCUGAGGACUACUAUGACAUGAGGCGGCUAUAUACAAUUUUGGGGUCUUCUCUAUUUUACAAGGGUUAUCUGAUAUGCAGUCAUUUGCCUAAGGAUGAUCUUAUUGAUAUUGCUGUAUACUGUCGCCACUAUUGCUUGCUGCCUUUAGCAGCAAAACAAAGAAUUGGUCAGUUGAUAAUAUGGAGAGAAGUGUUUCCUCAAUAUCACCUCCAGCCUUCUUCAGACUCAAACACUGAAGUCUUUCAGGAACCUGAAGGGAGAUAUUUUUUGCUAAUUGUCGGACUGAGGCAUUAUAUGUUAUGUGUACUAUUAGAAGCUGGAGGUUGUGCAUCCAAAGCUAUUGGGAAUCCUGGACCAGACUGUAUAUAUGUGGAUCAGGUCAAAACAACUCUUCACCAGCUGGAAGGAGUGGAUUCUCGCAUAGCUGAACGGCUAGCAACUUCUCCAAGCCCCUGUUUAUCUUGUGCGGACUGGUUCCUUGCUGGAUCACGUGAAAAAACUGAUAGUUUGUCCACUUCACCUAUCCUCAGUAGGCUACAAGUUACUUCCAAAGUAGUAACCUCUCCAACAUGCAGAAGAACCCUUUUUGGUGACUAUUCUUUAAAGACACGUAAGCCCAGUCCUUCCCGAAGUAGUGGAGGAUCUGAAAAUGGUUAUGAAGGUGGAGAAGGAAUUGGCCUUAACCCCCACACUACACCGGAUACAGUACAGAAGCAAAGAGAAUCUCAGGGUUCUGAUGGUUCAGAAGAAAGUGGGGCCUUGCUUAAGGUCACUAAAAAGAAGUCUACUCUUCCAAAUCCAUUUCAUUUGGGAAAUUUGAAAAGGGACCUUUCAGAAAAAGAAUUGGAAAUAUAUAACACAAUGAAACUGACAUCUGGUCCUGAGAACACGCUUUUCCACUAUGUUGCCUUAGAAACAGUGCAAGGAAUUUUUAUUACUCCUACCCAUGAAGAGGUGGCACAGCUAGGUGGCUCUAUCCACCCUCAACUUAUAAAGAAUUUCCAUCAGUGUUGUCUUUCCAUUCGUGCAUUUUUCCAACAGACAUUGGCAGAAGAGAAAAAGAAAGUACUAAAGGGUAAAGGUUAUUCAGAGUCUGCAAAUUCAGUCUCAUCUCUUCACCCUGUGAAAGAACAUGGUGUGUUGUUUGAAUGCUCACCUGAAAACUGGACUGAUCAGAAAAAAGCACCACCAGUUAUGGCUUACUGGGUAGUAGGGAGACUCUUCCUUCAUCCAAAACCACAAGAACUUUAUGUCUGUUUUCAUGACUCGGUCACAGAAAUUGCCAUUGAAAUGGCUUUUAAAUUGUUCUUUGGAUUAACCUUGUAGUUGUGUUUUCCUGAUGCACAGCAA